GACUGAGAAGUAAACGGAGCUGAAUCGAUAUGCAAGAUGUGCGCACGGGCUUAUUAACCAUACUGCUGCUGUAUUUCUAAAUAAUUCGAGCGACCAGCGUUGCAUCCAGCUAUCUGGUUUCCUGGAAAACCCGAGACUUGGAUAUUCGAGUAUAUUUUUAACGACGACAGAUUUGUUCGGGUAUUCCAAUAUCUCGGCUAUUAGGUUGACGUGAAAAGCGCAUCAUAUUUAUUAAAUAAAAUUGGAAACAAUUAAUUUUAACAUUUAUUUAAAAUUAAAACUUAAGCAAAACUGCCGCCACGGACUUUAUGCUUACUCUUCCUGUUUAUUUUUUAUUCAACUAAAUAUGAUUUUUUAAAAUAUCUUUUUCGAUUUUCUAAUUUUAUUUGAUACGAAUCUUUAGCAUCAACCUAAUAAUGUCUAAUAUUUUCUCCGCAUAGGCAAGGAACGUAUUGCUUCUUGGACAGUCACGUGGAUGUUUAAUAAAAUAAUUUAACAAUGAUUUUUACAUUCAGUAAAAGCGCGCUGUAGGAAUAAAAUAAUAUAAUCUGCAUACAGGAUGGAUUUAAUAUCUAUUAAUUUAAAUUUAUUAUUGGUCGCGUGCUAUUCUUUUUCGGGAGCAAAUACCUGACUUUUGCGAACAGGGGCAUCUACGUCGUAUGUACACGCGUCGGACUCGCUUCGCGAGAUGUUUCUCCUUCGGCCAGAGCACGGGCGGCUGAAUGCAACCGCGCGUUCUCGCUAUUUUUAUCUCGACGAGCGCUCAAACGCGCAACGUCACGCAAAUUUAUCGCGAGGACGUGACCGAGGCAGCUGACCGGCAAAAAGUGAUAUACGUUGCAUUCUUUUUUCGUCGGUAAUGUAAUUAGUGAAAGUUGCGUGCCUCGUUGAGUUCAUUUUUACCGCCGUUACUUUUAUAUCUCAGGGAGACAGCUUAAUUGUCCCUCCCCAUCCUCGCGGCGAAUUAUUUCUCUCUUCUCUCUCCUAGUUAACAAUCAGAGCGCGAAGCGACUUUAGCGAGAAUCAUGGUGAUGAAUGGUGAUAAAUAAUCGCACCGAAUUAGAUAUCCGUUCGAAACGAGACGAUCGUCGAGAGGAGCUUGUAGAAAAUGUAGUAGAGGAUCGCUUCCCUCGUGAGGAAAGUCUUGACUCAUAUAUGUUUGCGAAUCAUCCUAUAUAUAUCUCACAAUCAGCGUAAAAUGAUAUUUUUCUGAGAAAUCCUUAUCGGAGCAAAUUUCGAAAUUGCGCCUUUAGCGCAGCACAAUACGACAGUAAGUAGUAAAACAACAAGAAACGAAUCGAUCUACUCAUCGGCUUCGGCUAUCGGAGCCUCCGCAGCUGUUGUUAUUCGGGCGAGUGUUCUUUCAAGAAAAAGAGAGGUGUCCCCCUCGCAGAGUUUCUCUGUUUUUUAACGCGUCCAGUCGCGGAUCAUUCUUUCCCACGCGUCAUUCUUUUCCGCGCGGAAGCUGGCAACGUAAAAUCCCGGGGUCCCCCCUCCGUUCGCGGCGAAUAUAUUGCGGCGCGUCACGAGUUUGCACAAGAUAACACAGGCGCGAAUAAAGAACAACGCGCCGCGCCGCCGCGAAGCGCUCACUCACGGUUCGUCUCCCCGAAAUUAUUCGCGCGUACAUGUGUCGCCGCGAAAACAACGGUCGUUCGGAUGUCUUUUCCCUCGCUAUGGAUCUGCCUCAGUACGUAUCGCCGCAUCUACGAAUCGAACGGCGCGAAGUCACGAAUGCCGCCGAGCGACAUGUUCAACAGCACGUGGACGAGAUACGGCCGGCACGAAUUACAUGAGAACUUGCGAGAGACGAGAAAGCAUGUCCAGUCCGCCGGGCAGUAUAUGUAUAAGAAAAACGAGUCCAAGAAGAAGGCAUCGGCGUCGCUGCAAACGACGAAUGUCCGCGAAUGCACGGAAUCGCGGAGCUCCGGACGUCGCGAGGAUAAGGAAACGAGAAGAGCGUCCAGGAGCAGGAGUCGGGGGUCUUCGCGGUUGUCUUCUCAGCACGGUACGGUGUCAGAGGAGCCUUUGUCGCACGAGGUGUUGACCAGCGACACGUCCAGCAAUGACGACAUCCCGGACGAGAGCCAGUGGCAGACGAUGUUUCCGAGCGAUGUGCCCACCUUCCUGGCAUCGACGAUAAACAAGUACACGCUGUCGCAGAAGGAAUUGUUGGAGCAUGGUUAUCCCGUUCCGUCAUCUCUCUCACCCGGUCACGCGAUAAUAAACAAUGUCAAGUAUCCGUCGGGCCCCAAGAUCGAGAGUGACAGCGGACAAUACAGCAAUUCCAGUUCGUCGGACAAUUCCGAGCAGGAGAGCUCGUCCGACAACGAGAAGAAUCUCGACCGCGAAAACCGUCCCGACAAAGAGAGAAGCUCGGAGUGCAGAAACGGCUCGGGAAACGAGAAGAGACGCGACAGCGAGAGCGGCUCUGACAACGAGACGAGCUCGGACGACAAGAGCAGCUCCGGAAACGAGAAGAGCUGCGACAGCGAAAGCAGCUCCGACAGUGAGAGAAGCCCGAGCGACAGCAACAGCUCGGAAAGCUGGAAGAGCUGCGACAGCGGGAGCAAUUCCGCCGGUGAGAAAAGCCCGGAGAGCAAGAAGUGCUCCGAGCACAAAAGGAGCUGCAACAGAAAGGACAGCUCCAGCAGCAAAAAUAGUUCCGACGACGAGAUGUGUCUCGACGAGAAGAGACACGGCAACAAAGUGAGGAACUGCAACAGCGAGAGCAGUUCCGACAGCGAGAAGAGUCCGGACAAGAAAGAAUCCGGCGUGGGCGGCAAUACGGGGUCAUUGAAGAGGACGUGCGUCAGGUGCCAAAAGACGAUCUACGUCGAUCAGAGCGGCGAAUAUCUGGGCGCGGAACGUUGCGUCUACCAUUGGGGCAAGCAGUACAACCGCAUGACCAACGACAGCUGGUAUUACACGUGCUGCAAUCAGGAUGGAUUCUCGCGCGGCUGCGCCGAGUGGAAGACGCACGUAUGGACCGGCCUUGUCCCCGGGAUCAACGGGCCCUUCGCGAAUUACGUGCGCACCAUGCCGUCCCCGGUGUACCUGCACGACAACAACUACGGCGUCUACGCGAUGGACUGCGAGAUGUGCUACACGCGGCGGGGACUGGAGCUCGCCCGAGUGACCCUCGUCAAUUUGUACGGCCAGAUCGUAUACGACACGCUCGUGAAGCCGAGCUCCGAGGUAAUUGACUACAACACCAAGUUCAGCGGCAUCACGGAGGAGGAUUUGUUGAACGUCACCAAGACUCUGCGAGAGGUGCAGAACGAUCUCCUCAAAUUUAUCCACGCCGAGACGAUUCUUAUGGGUCACGGUCUCGCGAACGACCUCAGGGCGCUGCGCAUGAUCCACACGAACGUGGUCGACACCAGCGUGAUGUUCCCGCAUUACCUCGGCCUGCCGUAUCGCAACGGCCUCAAGACUCUGGCGCGCAGGGUGCUCAACCGGAAGAUACAGGAGGAGACGCACAACUCCAUCGAGGACGCGCGGGUCGUCAUGGAUCUGGUGUUCCGAAAGGCCCAGUACGAGUGGCAGGGCACUCUCGUCUGGUAGAUAGAUCGGUAGAUAAAAUCGUCACCUCGAGAAAAAGGACUCGUUACUGCGUGAAAGAAAGGACUUAUUUGACAGAAGGUGACUCGCGGUGAGAUUAUGUCGCGAUGGGAAGCGCGUGUCAUCGAAAUGAUUUGUAUAAACUAAGGGUGGACCGCGCCUUUUCCUAUAGUGUUCAUUUCCAGGGGUGAAAUCUGUGAUAUUAUAUAUAUAGUGCAAUGCGUUCCUCACGUGCGUUCCUGCGUCCGCGUUUUUUGUUUCUAAUGAUAAACGGAUGACGAUUGUAUAAUCACGCACACAAUACAUAACACAGACGUGUAACGUACAGCGCGGAGAGAUAAUUGACGAUCAUCACGGAGAAGUUUACAUUGACUACGCGCAGUCGAACAUUUUUCGAAGACUUUAAAUCUAUACUAUUUUCUUCAUUAUUCUUUAUACUUUCUUUUCACACUAUUCUACGCUAUGUCUACACUGCUACGCUAUGUGUACUACGCUUUUACCUGACUAUCGAUCUGAUAUUUACUUAAAAACUUUAUCUCGAACUUACUAUUUUACUUUCGAAUUGAACGACGAUCGACUAAUGAUUGAGUCCUAAUUAUAUUUUCAGACAAUUAAUUGCAGUUCGACUAAUUAAUCGGAGAGCUUCUUUGAAUUUCACCUUUCUCCGAUGUGCAUUUUUUAAAUAUAUCCGUAUGUGUUUUGUAUUGUAUAUACGUAAUUUUCAUAGCGUUUUAUACUUUGUACAUAUUAUAUCAUCCUUGGAUCGCAAUUUUGUACUCGCAAAAAUAUGUAUACCUAUUCGUGAAAAUCUACGUAUUUAACAUGGAUACGUAUGUCUUCGUUAUUCAGUAUAAUGUAUCACUUCACAUCCAUCCUGUCAUGCAUAUCCCAUCCCGACAUCACGCAUAUUUCAUUCAAUUUCAAUCAAUUAUUCAAUAUCACCAUUUUUUUUCCCCGCGAGGAGGACGAGCGGCGUCAAUGAUGCUGGUAAGUGCCUCUUGUUUGAUUUUCACCGACGAUCCGCAUUAAUUUCCGCUCGAGAUGACCAUGGAUUUUUCUUGAACAACAUCGUGACGUCGAGUAUUCGUUAACGUGGCUCGCCAACUACAAAAGGCAAAAGAAAAAUGCUGAACUCGUUGGUUUCACAGCUUAAUUAAUUUAAAUUGAUUAAUUAAUUAGUUUCAUUCGCUGAUUAAAAUUAUUCUCGUUGCGUUUAAUCGCGCUGUUAAUAAUUUAUUAAAACAUUGAACGUUAACAAGAAACUUAUUAAAAAGUGGCAUUUUUCCGCACGUGCUUAUGCAUACUCGCGUGAUCGAUUAUUUAUUAAUUGAAUUGCAUUCUUGUGCGAAUAGACGCGAGGAAUUACGCGUCAAGUUGAUAUCCCGGGCGUUAUCAUCCGCAAGGUUUUCUCUUUAUACGUGCUACCAAGUGGCGAUGUUCCGGCAAACAAAGUUCGCGAGCCACGUACUGUUAUUACGCCACGUGUACGAUACACGCGCGUAGCUUCUUAUCAAUUUUCGAUGUGAACACGGUGAGUUCUCAUAACGAUCGACUGCGUAUAACAAUAGACAUAUAUACGUAUAAUAUUUUCAUGAGAGAGACUGCCUAGCGCUUUUAUCGACAAUCUUCAUGCCCCAUCGCCCGUAAUCAUCCCUCAUUGUCAGUUAACGAUCAUAUAACGGCAGAAUCGUCUGUCUAUAGUGAUAACGAAUGUAAUAUUUAAAUGUAAAUAUCGCGCCUGUAACGUGGAGACCCAACGGAUUUUGUAUAACGAUAGUAUUACCUUGUAUAAUAUAUAUAUUUAUAUAUAUUUUUCUAUUCUCGCGUACCGUAAUUUUACACCGAUUGAUUAGCGUUAGCGAUGAGUAAAGUUACUCUCAGCGCGCUUCGUUUCUUUCUUUCCUUGAAUUUCAACGUGGAAACGGAACUGCGAAGCGAAUUUCGCGAAUCUUGAAAGCUAGCGGAGAAACAGCAGUUAGGGAAAAAAAACCGAAGUCAGUAAGUUUUUACUCAUCGCCAUCGAUAAAUCUUAAGGCUUGACGGACAAUUGAAGCGAUUGAAUGACGAAAAGUGAAGCAAGGAGGUACGAGGCGCGCACUCGCGCCAGGUGAUUAUGAUCUCACUAUCCACUACAGAUUCCGUGCAGAAUCACACUUAUCGCACAGUAAAACACGUAGCGCGCGCGUUAUGAUUUUAUCAGUAAUCCCGACUGUACUAUGUUUAACCCUGAAAGUCACAAGAUUGUUAACUUGCGGGUCAGGCCGGCCGAUUGGACACUCAACCUAAACGAGUGAAAUUUGAUCAUUUCAAAUUUCAACGCUUACUUUCUUCGGUUCUUCCAGUGGUAUACUCAAGUCUUAAAACAGCGCAAUCUUUUAAGACUUUCGCAUAGCAACGAAAAGUGUCCCGCAAAAUACGGGAGGAGUGUCCAACGAACGCUUUUUUCAGGAUUAAAGGCAUUGUCAUAUACAGUUCUGAACAUAAAUAUAUGUUGAUUAUGAAAUAUA